AUGCUCUUCUCGAAAACCUUCAUUGCGACCACGGUCCUCGGGCUGGCGGCGGCUACAGAACACCUCGGGGAGAUGCCUCCCCCAGCAUACCAGUCCCCGCCCGCUGCCCACGUUACCACACCGGCCGCUGCUCAUGCCACUCCUCCAGUCGCCGCGCAAAUGCCUCCUGCAGACGUUGCUCCGCCAGCCCAUGUCGCUCCACCAGCACAUGUUGCUCCUCCUGCAGAUGCUGCUUCACCAGUUUUGGAGACGGUCGCCGAAGAUGUUUCCUCAGUCGUCGCGGUACACACGUCGGCUGCAGUAGUCCAUACCUCCGUUGCGGCAGUACACACUUCGCAAGCGGUAGCAGCUCCUCCACAUGUGGCACCUCCCGCUGAAGCAGCUCCUCCGCACACCUCGUCUCCAGCAGCAGCAGCUCCUCCCCACUCCGCGCCUCCCGCGGCAGCAGCCCCUUCACAUGUGCCAGGAGCCGGGGCAACCGUCAAGACCCAUGUGGUCAAAGUUGGUGGACCCAAUGGGACUCUGGUUUUCUCUCCCGAAAACAUCGUCGCCCAGCCUGGUGACCUUGUCCAAUUCCAGUUCAACCCCAAGAACAUCAUGCCAAACAAGACCGACGCCUUCUACUCUGGCUUCAUGCCCACCAAUGCAAGCGCAGUUGCCGCUGGAACAUUCCUGACCUACACCAUUCGCGUCAUGGACACCAAGCCGAUCUGGUACUACUGCUCUCAAGGAAAGCAUUGCCAGGCCGGCAUGGUCGGAGCCAUCAACGCCCCUGCCUCCGGUAACAAGACAAUGGCCGCCUUCAAGAGCCUCGCCGCCGCUGCUGUCGAGAACCUCAGCCCUGGCCAGCAACCCGGUCAAGGCGCCGCUGGACAACCGCCCGUCGUUCCUGGCAGCCCCGACUCACCCGGAGGAGGCGCCACCCAGACUCCUGCCGGCACAGCGACGCCCUCUGCCCCGAAUCUACCGGCACAGUUUACUGCCGAUGCUGCGAGCCCUGUGUCUCGGUCGCUGCUUAUGCUGGGGCUUACGCUUGCUGCGGCUUUCUUUAUGUUGUAA